AUGGCUACCACGAUGGAGAAGCUGGUGUUCUUGCUCUUAUGGGCUGCUGCUCUAAUGGAAGGUUCCAUGGUGAAGUCUCUCCCGUACGAUUCUUCCGCAAGCGUCGAGUGCUUGGUUGAGCCGAUGGAGCCGCACUACGGCGGCGGGCUCAUCGUCAACCCGGACUUCAGCGCCGGCCUCCGGGGCUGGUCGGCCUUCGGCUACGGCAGCGUCGCCGAGGGCGCGUCGGUGGCCACGGGGAACCGGUACGCCGUGGCGGGCAACCGGACGCGGCCGUACCACAGCGUCAGCCAGAAGGUGUACCUGCAGAACGACACGCACUACACUCUGUCCGCGUGGUUGCAGGUGAGCCAUGGUGCCGCCGCCGACGUGUGGGCGGUUGUCAAGACCGCCGACGACUUCGUUCACGUCGGCGGCGCCGUGGCCAAGCCCGGGUGCUGGUCCAUGCUCAAGGGCGGGUUCACCGCCGCCAACGCCGGGCGCGCCGAGAUCUACUUCGAGAGCAAUGCGACGGUGGACAUAUGGGUGGACAGUGUCUCGCUGAAGCCGUUCAGCAAGGAGGAGUGGGCGGCGCACCGGACGGAGUCGACCCGCGCCGUGCGGAGGAAGAUGGUGAGGCUCCAGGCCAAGGACUCCGGCGGGAACCCGCUGCAGGGCGCGGAGGUGUCGGUGGAGAACGUGCGCAGCAGCUUCCCUCUGGGCGCGGCCAUGAGCCGCGAGAUCCUGACCAACCCGGGGUACCAGCAGUGGUUCACGUCCCGGUUCACGGUGACCACGUUCGAGAACGAGAUGAAGUGGUACAGCACGGAGCCGGCGCCGGGGCGGGAGGACUACACGGUGCCGGACGCGAUGCUGGCGCUGGCGAAGCAGCACGGCAUCGGGGUGCGCGGGCACAACGUGUUCUGGGACGACCCCAAGCAGCAGCCGCGGUGGGUGCAGUCGCUCCCCUACCCGGAGCUGCUGGCGGCGGCGUCGCGGCGGAUCCGGUCCUUCGUGUCGCGGUACGCCGGGCAGGUGAUCGCGUGGGACGUGGUGAACGAGAACCUGCACUACUCCUUCUUCGAGCGCCAGUUCGGGUGGGACGCGUCCACGGCCUUCUACGCGGCGGCGCGGCUGCUGGACGCCGGGUCGGCGCUCAUGUUCAUGAACGACUACAACACGCUGGAGCAGCCCGGGGACAUGGCGGCGGCGCCGGGGAGGUACGUGGACCGGCUGCGGCAGAUCAUCGCGUCCUACCCGGAGAACGGCGCCGGCAUGGCCAUCGGGCUGGAGGGGCACUUCACCACCCCCAACAUCCCCUACAUGCGCGCCGCGCUCGACUCGCUGGCCCAGAUCGGGCUCCCCGUGUGGCUCACGGAGGUGGACGUGGCCGGCGGGCCGUCGCAGGCGCAGCACCUGGAGGAGGUGCUGCGGGAGGCGUACGCGCACCCGGCGGUGCAGGGGGUCAUCCUCUGGUCCGCGUGGCGGCCGCAGGGGUGCUACGUCAUGUGCCUCACCGACAACAACUUCAGGAACCUGCCGCAGGGGGACGUGGUGGACCGGCUGCUCGCCGAGUGGAGGACGGCGGCGCAGACCGGCACCACCGACGAGCAGGGCUACUUCCAGGCCGAGGUCGCGCACGGCGACUACAAGGUCACCGUCAGCCACCCCUCGCUCAACACCUCCGUCUCGCAGAGCGUCACGGUCGACCUCGGCUCCGGGAACCACUUCUUCAUCCAGGCCUAG